AUGGGGGUUCACCCCAGCUUGCUCUGGCCCCUCGACUUCCUCUUCGGCCCCAUGAGAGGUCAGGGGAGCCCCCCGCCCCGGCCAGCCCAGGCCGCUCUUCACCCCCGUCCCCAGCCAGAGCCCAAGCUUCCCGCGCUCGUGUACAGUGAAGAUCGGCCGGCCCUGCGAGCCCCCAGACUCUCUUCUGAGGUACUGCUGACCAUCUGGACCAACAUGCAUGGGCCACUCCAGGCCUGGUUCAGGGAGGUGGAGUGCGCGUUCCCAGAUCUCUGGACGGAGCGGCUGGGGGGCUGGGACCAGCGAGGAGCCACGGAGCUGCUGGGGAGGCCCCGCCCCGGCAGCAUCGGACCGUGGGGGGCCUCGGUCCCCAGAGGGACAGGGCCAGACGAGGGGAAACCCAAUCCCCGACACAUGGAGAUCAUUUGCAGGAGGGACCGAAUCCGUGACCAGCGGAGGGGAAGGAACGUGAGCCCCCGCUGCGAGAACAAAAGGCCUUGUGGACGUUCAAAGCAAGGAACCGGGCGGGAGGCCAGCGUGGGCGGCCGCAGAGAUGGCCACGGGGCUCGUGGCGGGGAUGGCCGGCAACUGGAAGCUGUCCCCAUCCAUCAGUCAGCGGUGACAGCUCCCGGGGCCCCGCGGCCCCCUGCAGCCCAGCCAGCUGACUAUCCCGGCUACACGGGCCACCCGGCCCCCUCCCGCCCGGUGGCUCCAGCCUGA